GCAUCAGUCCUUCCUUCCAAUGAACACCCAUGACUGAUCUCUUUUAGGAUGGACUGGUAUCUAUAGGUUUUAUCAACUAUAUCUUGAAAAUGUUGAUGAUCCCACAAUAUUCCACUUAUACUUAAAAUAAACAGUAUGAUUAACCUGUAUUCCUUUGACUAUUCUAAAUUCAGCAGCCAAGCUUCGUGCCUAAAAAAUAUAUACAAGACAGAAUGACAGGAGUCCCUAAGGUUUAAGGUGCCUUGAUCAAUCAUUCAAGAAGGCAUAUGGGCACUACAAUUAAAGACCCCUAAUUUAGAACUUUGAGCAUCUUUUCUGUUUCUUUCUUGGCUGAUGUAGACCUCCCAGGCCCUUGGAAUUCCACUGCCCGGAGGAGCCAGGAGAGAUUUGGAACUUAACUCUUGGCUAAAGGCCAGGCAUCUGGGGAGGACUUGGAAAUCUUACCCAUUCCCUUUCAUCACACUCAUCUGACAGAUUCAUCACAGGGUUUCUUUAAAUACUAAGGUCUGAAAUAAGAACUUUCUUUUGUUUUUUCUCGUUAUUCAUCAACAGAUACUUGAGGGCUUUCUGUGUGAGGCUGUUGACUUACCGCAGUGUAUCAUUUACCGUCAGAGUCUCCCUCCCAGGGAAGAAGGAGUCAGGAUACUAGAGCACCAGUUCCAGUAUUGUGAGCAUGGUCUAUGGAUUGUGUGGACAUUAAGCUCCUGGUGCUACAACCUGUUUAAAAAGUCAUGCCUUUCACUUGAAAAACCAUAUGCUGUAGUGCAUGAAGGUAUGCCCUAGACCCCACAUGCGAGACUGGUGGGGGGGUGUCAUCCAGGACCAGGUCAAAGGGUGGAGUCACCGGUUUUGGGACAACAGCAGAUGUACCAGUUCUAGAAAUUUAUGUUUCCAUAAGUAACUUUUCUAUAGUUUGAAUUGCAGUUAUAUCCAUUAUAUAUCUCAUUCCUUAAUUUAUAUACUAGAGAGAAAAACCAAAGCCAUGCCUCUUUUUGAACAUACCAGAAGAAAUGUAUUUUACCCUGUGGCCUGGUACUCACGUGGCAUACACAUAUGAGCAUAAAUAGAUGUUUGUGUAUGUGUAACCAAAGCACAUUUCACAAAACAGUAAUGCUGAUAUUGCAUCUAGAGUGUGUCUGCACUGUUCUAAGCGCUUUACAAAUACUAACUUAAUUAACUCACAUAGUGACGCUAUACUUAACUGUGCAACACACUCUGGUUGGUUCUUUUCUACUUGAACCCAGAUCUUCUAGCCCCAGCAUCUCUUGAGUGACAUAGUCUACAGCAUGUGUCUGUACCUGGAAGGUCUCUCUUUUCAGCCCCCUCCCCACACCCUCCUUCCCCCGCCCCCCACCACAGUGCUUUUCAGCAUCUCCUCCGCUUGCACCCCAGUCCCUCUGGCCCUCAUCUUUCCUCUACCCCAGCCACACUCUCAUUUGUCUCCAGAAAUUCCCUCACCUAAAACAGGUGCCAAGAAAACCUGGGAGGAUGGGGGUGGCCACUCCCACUGCACUGGGUAGCAGGCUUACUCCUUGGGGACUGGCCGCUCAGGGUCACAUUGGUCCCUACGCGGGCCACACCUCUGAGGUGGCAGGAUGGAGGAGCUGGGGGAAGGGGAGACAGGCUAAAUACUCACUUGCAGGGGACCAACAGCUCACAGAAUAGAGACAGGGCCUGGAGUCUUUCUCCUACAGGUUCCACAGCCACAGUGACGUGUUCUGGGAGGGUAUGGGGUGGACCAGGGAUGAUCUAGGUUUGUUGACAUGACCUCACUGAGGUGUGCCAACACCUGGUGGGGGCAGCAACACCUCCCCAUUAUCACGUGCCGGCACUGUGCCUAGGGCUCAGCUAGUACCCCUCCCCCAAACUGGGGGUCCUCACAUAUCCCUUACCUGCACCGUCCCCUCUAACCUGUAGCAGCUCUGCAUCCACCCUUGUCUCCCUAGUCACCCUCUCACCGCCCCAAAUCCUCUGCACCAGAACAGGUCCUGUUCCCCUGGUUGGUUACCCCUUCAUCUCCCAUGUGGGGUGUUGAGACAGGUGCCCCCAACUCAUUAAAAUUGAUUACCAACCUGCUAAUGGGCCAGAACCUGCAGUUAGAUAGAAGAGGAAUAGAAGAGAAUGAGGUGACAUUUAGUUUUUUCAGUCAUUGUGCUACUUUAGACUCAAGGUAUCAAAACUCCAGAAACAUCAUUCAUUUGGGACAGGUCAUGUCCCAGAUGUUGUCGUGAAAUGUUUUAUCCUGUGUAGUUCUAGAGACCUAGAACCUAUGGCUUGAGGGGAAGGUGAAAGGAGGUGGGAAGUGGUAAGAAAUCAGACUAGAGACAAACAAGAGGUCAGAGGAUGGGCCAAGGAGUUUGGACUUUGUUCUAACUUAAUAGCGAGUUUUCAGCUGGGGAGUAACAUGGUUUCCCUUAGGUUCUCGAACUAGCUGUCAGGUGGAAAAUGAAUUGGAAAGGCUAAGACUGAAAGUACUAAGAUUUUUUAGAGGCUCCUUGCAGAAACCUACACAGGAGGUGAAAUAGUGGCAGUGAAAAGGGAGAGAACAGAACAGAUUUCAGACAUAAUCAAAAGUAGUGGAGCUGUUUUGGAGAAUCUGAAAAUUUAGAUUUGCUAAAUCUUAACCUGGCUACACAACUCACUGUGUACUUCUCUACCAUUGUACACAGAGGAUGCUAAUUGCAGUCCUCAGAGGUCAUCACAGUACUUCAUUGCUUAAGUUUUAAGCUUUAAGUUGGUUCUUUUUUUUUUUUUUUUAAGCUGUGCUACAUGGCAGGGGGUCUUAGUUCUCCCUACAGGGGGUGGGCAGAGUCCUAAUGACUGGAUCACCAGGGAAUUCUCUAGGUUUUGUUCUCAAACCCAAUGGAAGUGUUAGUCAUUCAGUCCUGUCUGACUCUUUUGUGAGUCAGUGGGCUGUAGCCUGCCAGGCUUCUCUGUCCACAGGAUUCUCCAGGCAAGACUGUUGGACUGAGUUGUCGUUUCCUUCUUCAGGGCAUCUUCCUGACCCAGGGAUUGAACUCAGGUCUCCUCCAUUGCUGGCAGAUUCAUUACCAUCUGAGGCACUAGGGGAGCCCAGAACCCAGUGAGAUCCAGCUAAAUAAAACACUGCUUUAGGACAGUCCUGUCUGUGUUAUCCAGACUCCCUUGGGUUCUGAUCUGCUCCCCAGGCUUCUUAAGUGAUGGUCCUGCCUUCUUUUUUCCUAACAUUACCAGAGGGCAAGAACUAAAAUCAGAUCUAAAAUUUCAAAUGUAAAUUAUCAUGCAUUCUCUCAGAAGUAUGCUCAUGUCACUAGGAUGAGGUAGAAUAGCGGCCCCCCCCGCCCCGCCCCCCUACACUUUGGAUGGUUGUAUCUGUGUUGUGUUUGCAAAAUGUUUUUUAAAAAAAGGGAGGGGGGAGGAAAAACUUUCUGAGUUUCAAAAACGAAUACCAGUACCAUUUUUUAGAUAGUCGAUUGUUAGGAUUGCCCAUUGAUGAUUAGGUUCUGUUUAAUUUUAUUUCUGUUGUCGGGUUUAUGCAGUGUGUUCUGUCUACUAUUUACCAUUGCAAAAACUUCCUUCAGUGUUGAAAAUGAAUGCUCAAUGAAUCUGUGCCUCCUAUACUGCAUAUGUUACAAGUUAUCUGGGGUUUGUAAUCUAUGCGGAGUCUUCCCCGCUAUUGUUCUAAAGAAUUGAAAAAUGCCUGCAUACUGGAAUAAGGUGUAUAUUUAAGUCUGUAUAAUUCUUAACCUAUCUGUAGUUGAGAGAGUCUUUGAGAGCCAAUGGAAAUACCUUUUUUCUUGGCGAUAAUCAAAUGAGUGCUACUUUGUCACUUAGUGGGUGGGGUGUGAUAUUAUUUCCUAAUAGAAUACAGACCUGUGUUUAUUCUCAGACAUUUUAGGAAUAACAGCCAUCAUCUUAUUUUUAUAUAUGUGUUCUUGGCUGUAUCCAUAAAUUACAUUUCUUGAGCUACCAAAUAAUAACUUCAUUCAUUAUAAAGUGAUGAAAUAGAAUGGAAGUUAUUUACCUAGAUUUAUUUUCUAGUAGCAUUUUCUCAGCCUGUGUAAGAUGACUUUGUUGUAACAGCCUGAAUUUUUGAAACCCACAAUGUUGUUUCUCUAAUAUCUACCUUUAGAUUACUACAUUUAUCCAAAUAAGUCAAUUAUGUUUGUACUUGAUAUUAAUAAAACCAGAAUAAAGUUCAUAUCUACCAAAACCUGCUCUUAUCAUUAUUAUUUAAAAUUUACAAAUACUUUUCUCUAAAUGGCUGGAGCUGCUUAAUGACUUAGAAAAAGGAGUGUGAUAGGCCAGAAAGUACCUUGACCUUGUAACUCUCAGCUGCCACAUACAAUCUUAGGAGUUUCUGUCAUUUACUCAUCCCUUUAGCAAAAAUAUAUUGAGCUGCUUCUGUGUGCCAAAUAUUUGAUUUAGGUUCUAAGAAUACAUCAAAGAGUAAAACUGGGGGAAAAAAACAAAGACAAACCCACCUGCCUUCAAAGAGGUUAUAUCCAGUAGAAAACAAUAUGAAUACUUUAAAUAUGUUAAUUCAAAACUAUUAACACAAUCAGAAAAACCCUCAAAUAAGAUAUUCUUUUAUAUUAGCCUUAUUGACCUUAGAAGGUUUCAGCUCUCAACCUUCCACUAUGCAUGGGAAAUAGAAAUUCCUUUGCUUUGGCUUUAUUAAGAAUGAUCUACAUGAUUUUUAUAUUAUGACUUCUUACUGUGAUAUGUCCGGUUGAGUCUUGCCCCUCCAAGCAGCAAAGUGCCAUGCUGCCUGGUAUUCAUGCUGUCAUUAGAUAAUGAGCACAUCUGUGCUGGUCCUGGUGGCACAGCCUUCAGCAGAAAUAGAUAAUGUUCCUUCUCUCUUGUAUAAAUUAGGAAAUAUGGUUAAUAGUUGGAUUUGAGAAAUCAGAGUUUUGCCAGCUUUAGAACAGUAUAAAAUAAUUUUUGACAUAAGUUAUAUAAACCACAUUAUAAAACUAAGGAAAAAGCAAGGGAAAGUUUAACUCUUCUUGAUGAUAGCAUAUCUACAAGUCUGUGAGAUGUUAUUUUUCAAGAAGUGGUGGUGAAGCUUAUUUUAAUUCCAGUAAGAUUUCCACUGGAGAAGGAAAUGGCAGCCCACUCCAAUAUUCUUGCCUGGAAAAUCCCAUGGACAGAGGAACCUGGUGGGUUACAGUCCAUGGGGUUGCAAAGAGUUGGACAUGACUGAGCACACAUGCAAAAUUUCCAUGCACCAAAGAAGAAAUGAGAAAUCUACAUGCCUUUUGUUUUAUUGAACUCCGAGAAAGUAUAUAUAGGUCAUUCAUGCUUCUUUCUUGAUUCAUGCCUGCCUCCUACUUCUUGCAAACAGGUUGCCCAGUGAGUGAGGCUAAGUCCUCACUCUGGGUGGGUAGCGAGGAUUCCUUUUUCCCCUUGUUUAUAUGUCACUGUGUUAGUCACCAUAUUCUUGCUCAGAGUAUAAACCUUUGAAAAUGGCUAAAUGAUUGGCUUUUAGCCAUAGAAGAAUGAAUAUGAGCGAAGUUAUGAUGACAUAGCCAGGUGUUGGUGAAAUUUGAAUAAUGUAUGGGCAAUAACAUACUCAUUUAACAAUGUUACCUAAUAUGUAACAAACCUAAAUCUAGGUAUAAGCACCUUUUAUUAAUACUUAAAGAUUUCACAUGUUGUCAAAACUUGAUACAACACUUUAAGUACUAAUAAAGAGGUGAGCAUUCUUUUAAUAUUGGGUGAUGUUUAGCUGAAAGUUACUUGCUUUUCUAAACAAGGUUCUGACACUGAUCGCUACAGUAAGGUUCUUUUGAGUUUGUUAUUCUUAUCAUGUGCUUAAUGAUAAAGCUUUACUGCUACUUUUUCUUUCCUUGAACUAACCUUCACAUAAGACACCUUGGCUUCCAGGUGGCGUGACUAUUCUUGUUGUAAUAAUAAGAAAUAUUUAACAUUUACUGAAUACAAGCUACUAAGCAAACACUGUUUUAAAUUCUCUACUUGAAUUUUUUUAUUUAACACAAAUCUGUGAUGGAGGUAAUGGCCACAUACUCCAGUAUUGCCUGGGAAAUCCCACGGACAGAGAAGCCUGUCGGGAUACAGUCCAUGGGGUCGAAAAGAGUCGGACACGACUGAGCAACUAUCACUUUCACUUCAUGAUGGAGGUGGUGCCCUGGGAUGUGACGUACUGAGAAAAGAUUCAACAGAGAUGCUAAUGUAGCAACGUCAGCGCUGAUAUAGGAGCUGGUUCGAUGCCCAGAACUGAAUGCUGUGUUCCAGCUGUGGCCUCACCGGUGCUGAAUAGAGAGGAAGAGCCACCUCCAUAGCUUACAUGUGAUUCCUCUGCUUAUACAACCCAAUACUGGAUUUACUUACUUUGGAGCUGGAGUCAGAUGGCAGCACUAUGGAGGAGUAUUCACAGGAGGACUGGGGAAACCACAGUCAGGAUCUCCAUGGCUACCCCACAGAUCAGGAAUUGGAUGAAAUACCUGUCACAAAGAGAACAUUAAAAAUAAAACAAGAGUCUUCUGAAGAAGCACAGAAAAGAGACAUCAUGCAGAAUAUUGUACAAAUUUUGGAGUCAGUACAGUUGAAAUGGGAACUGUUUCAGAGCUGGACAGACUUUUCAAGGCUUCACCUUUCUAAUAAACUGGCCAUUUUUGGAAUCGGUUACAACACCCGUUGGAAAGAGGAUAUCCGUUACCAUUACGCUGAGAUCAGCUCCCAGGUGCCCCUUGGCAAGCGACUCCGGGAGUACUUCAAUUCUGAGAAACCCGAGGGCCGGAUCAUCAUGACCCGAGUGCAGAAAAUGAACUGGAAGAAUGUAUACUACAAAUUUCUGGAGAUCACUAUUAGCGAAGCUAGGUGCCUGGAGCUGCACAUGGAAAUUGACUGGAUCCCCAUCGCCCACUCAAAACCAACUGGUGGGAAUGUGGUUCAGUAUUUAUUGCCAGGAGGCAUUCCCAAAAGCCCGGGUCUCUAUGCCAUUGGCUACGAGGAGUGUAUUGAGAGGCCUCCCUCCCCCCAUGUCGAGCGACGUACCCUGGACCCCGGAAAGGAGGGCCGGGUUGACUUGGAAACCCUUUCAGCACAAGCCUCACUGCAGGUGGAGAUAGAACCCACUCGAAUUAUCUAUUGCUACCUCGGGAUCGCUGAGGUCAGGACUCUGCAGCAAUGCUUGUUUUUACAUUUCCAAGCAAAUACCAAAACCUUCAGCAAGGAUUGGGUUGGUAUAAAUGGGUUUUUGUCUCAGAACUGUAUUGUGGAUCCCGGUGUGUCCCCCAAAUCCAUCUACAUCAAAUUUGUAGAAGUCGAGAGGGAUUUUCUUUCUGCUGGCUCGUUAGUUGAGUGCCUGGAAAAAGCCAUCGGGUACCCCUUAAAAUAUAACAACUGAAUGUCAUCCUUCAUAAGGAUCUGGGCUCUUACCUCUCUCUUCUCUACCCCUGUCCCAUGACCCAGACUGUCCCUCAUCCAGAUGCUGCCAUCGACUCUUCAUGGAAACUCUUUCCACGAUCGGGCCAGUACAACUAAGAAACCCUAGUAGACCUUGGGCAGAAAACACAGACCUCACCUGAAAAAUGCUCAUUUUGAGCAAACAAGCUACACAGCAGACUUGUGUGGUGGGUCAGCUGUUUUCUUUUUUAAAAACAACAAAAAAACAAUUUUUAAAUGAAUUUUAGAGCCCUAAUGUAAACAAAUGUAGGUACAUUCCAUAUUGGACAAAACUUAUACUUUGAGUUUCAUAUGAAAUUGAAAAAUUGUAUUUUUUUCACGAUGUUUCAUUUUUACACAUCUCUAUGUCUCUAUAUAAGUAUUAUUUACAACCUUGAAUAAAUAAGCAAUAGAUAAUGGCAAGUAAAAUCUUGAGUCACAGUGAGUAAGACUGUUUUUCAAUAUUACCCUUUAGCUACUAUUGUAUAUAAUUUAGUUUCCUUUUUUUUCACCAACCAAAUGUUUUGCUCUUCCCAGUCAGUGUUGCCUGCAAAGCCCUCUGUUUCUGUGAUGUACCAACUUUUGGUUGUGUUGCCAUUUAAAACUUUUUUUAAAAAAAUAUUAAAGUAAUUCCUGGCCUCUUGG